AUGUCUCAUGAUCACUCGUUUCCUAAAGCUCAAAGACUCAAAGAGUUCGUAGGGAAGCAGUUCAAGAUCGGCCGCCUUCACGGCUUCGCAGGAAACUUCACCGCUUCUGCUUUGGAGAGGCUUCGACAGUCGCCUAUGGUUGCUGACAUCACUCCUGACGUGGAGAUCCAGGCAUUUUCCGUGGUUGAACAGGCCAAUCCUCCUUCGCACUUGGCCCACAUAUCCAGUAAAGACAAGACGGUGAGAAGCUUUCCUUACCAGCCAUAUUACUACGACGAAGACGCCGCGGGGCAAAGAGUGAACGUGUAUGUUGUGGACCUGGGCAUUGCUCUAGAUCAUGCUGAGUUCGAGAACAGAGCGUUUCCUGGGAAAGACUUCACCAACGAAGGUAGUGGUGACACAAACGGACACGGAACCCACGUCGCCGGAGUGAUAGGAUCACAAACGUACGGAGUGGCCAAGAAGGUUCGAAUAUACGAGUUGAAAGCACUCAAUGGUAAAGGUCAUGGCUCUCUUAGUGGUAUCCUCAGUGCGCUAGACUUCGCCGUAGAGCACAGAAAACGCAAGGGAGUCCGUGGGGUCAUCAACCUUUCACUUGGAGCAUUCAAGAGCACGUUGCUCAACAGAGCCAUCGAUGCAGCGGCAAAAACAGGAUUGGUCGUGGUGGUGGCUGCUGGAAACACCAACGAGGACGCUUGUAGGUACUCCCCAGCAAGUGCCAGCGGCGCUAUCACCGUGGGAGCAGUGGACGAGAAGCAGAUGGCCAGAGCCUUCUUCCUGAACUAUGGCAGCUGUGUUGACUUGUACGCUCCAGGGGUUAGCGUGUCGAGUGUACACCCGACAAGCGACAGUCCACAAGUGUUGUCAGGAACCUCAAUGGCUGCACCAGCAGUGGCUGGAAUGGCAGCAUCGCUUCUUUCUGGAGGAAUUUCACCUGGUGAGAUCAGAACAGAGCUAGCCCUGUUGUCAGUGGCGGCAAUGGCUCCUCUGCUGGUAAAAGGCUACAAUAGGGUGUUGUACAAUGGGCUUGAUCCGAGUGAGGGUAAUAGUGACGAAAGCAGCGACGAUGAAACAGAAGAAGGUGGUUUUCUCAAUCCACCUAUUGACGGUGACGCGUUGACAGACCAGUUUGAUUUGGGCGAUACCAACAGUGACCUGAGAGGUGUUGCACGGACUGGACUCCAGACGGCCGUGGCGCCAUUGUCGGCGUUUCGAACCCCGUACCUCGACUCGUCCCAUUGGGCUGGCGUCGAGGGAAUGGGCCACGGGCCUGAUCGCUUCUUUCGGUGCUACGCUGAAGAGAAGCUGUCUGUCAAAACCGACAUCACGAAAGAUGCUGAUACAUAUCCCACUACUGAUCCGUACCCUGCGUGGAAUCCUUCUGACCAGAUGCCUGUUUCUCGUAACAGAAUUGGUGCCAUCAUGGCUCACUUAACUAAGGUGUUUGGCUUCCAGGAAGAUAACAUGAAAAAUAUGUAUCACUACUUGAUGAAGAUGUUAGACUCCAGAGCUUCCCGUAUGGGGCCUUACAACGCAUUGCGGACCCUCCAUGGUGAUUACAUUGGCGGGCCGAACUCCAACUUUCGUAAAUGGUACUUCGCCUCCGAAAUGGAUAUCGAUGAUGCUCAUGGUUGGAAACACGUCAAAUUAGACGGCACUAUAAUGAAGUCCAGAGAAAAGGUUGCCUCGUACGAUAGAGCCGUCGACCAAUGGUACAAAAAUAUGCUGAGAUUCUCACCAACGGAUUACGUUACCCAAAUCUCGCUUUACUUGUUAUGCUGGGGCGAAGCAAACAACUUGCGAUUUAUGCCAGAGUGUCUUUGCUUCUUGUUUAAGUGCUGCAAUGACUAUUACUAUUCUCUCGAGGAGCAAGAAGAGCCCGAAAGCGAGAUUCCGUUUUUAGAUCGCAUCAUAACACCCAUUUACAACACUUAUAGAGAUCAAUGCUUCAGUGUGGAUGGAAAUCUUGUGGUAAGAACUGAUAAAGAUCACUCCUCCAUAAUUGGAUACGAUGACAUGAAUCAACUCUUUUGGCAUAGAAAAGGUAUUGAGAAGAUUCGCUUGAAGGAUCAAACUGUUCUCAUGUAUAAAAGUCGUGAAGCCCGUUACCAUGUGCUUUCCGAGGUCGACUGGAGUAACGCCUUUUACAAGACCUACUAUGAAAGUCGGACUUGGCUUCAUAUUAUAACAGCAUUUGACAGAGUGCUUUUGAUUCACUUCUGUAUGUUUUGGUACUAUACAUCGUUCAAUUCGAAACCACUUUACACUUACGACUACUCCAUUGCUCGUGGAAACGAACCUCCUCCUCAAGCAACACUCACCGUCAUGUCUCUUGCUGGUUCCUGGGCAUGUCUCAUCUCGAUGGUUAGCGUUCUGCUUGAGUUAUUUUUCGUCCCCAGAAAGUGGCCUGGUGCUCGUCGUGUUGAUCGUCGCAUAUUUUGGUUGUUCCUUUUGCUCAUUGUCAACACUACUCCAAUGGCUGCAUUAUUUUUUACUUCAAUGCUCAGAGUGAAGGACACGUUGGCGAUUGUUAUAACCUCCAUUCAAUUUUUGUUUUCUAUUGGUGUCGUGCUAUACUUAGUCUUCAAAACCCAUGCAGAUCAAUUCGGCGCCAAACCAAAUGGAAGGGUUGCACUUGCUUGUGAAGUAUUUACCUCUGACUUUUGCAAGCUCGUGUACCCAGAUAAGCUAGCCUCAUAUGCGCUUUGGGUAUGUGUCUUUACAUCGAAGUUUGUGGAGUCUUACUUCUAUCUUACUCUCUCUUUGAAAGAUCCUUUGCGAGAACUAUUCAUCAUGCGGGUUAACAGAUGUGUUGGAGAUCAAUGGAUAGGCUCAUGGCUAUGCAAUGCCCAGCCAAAAGUCAUACUUUUGUUGAUCCUUAUUUUGGACUUCAAUUUAUUUGUGUUGGAUACCUAUCUAUGGUAUGUCAUCUGGAACACAACGAUAUCCGUUCUUAGAUCAUUCUACCUUGGAGCAUCUAUCUGGACGCCUUGGAGAAACGUCUUUUCACGUCUUCCAAAAAGAAUAGGGUCAAAGAUUCUUGCAACAACCAAUAACAAUAAGCAAAACAAAAAAAUACUGGUAUCAAAGGUAUGGAAUUCAAUCAUAAUUGCCAUGUAUCGAGAGCAUUUUUUGUCAAUUGAGCAAGUGCAUCGUUUGAUUUACGAGAUUUCAAACUCCGAUGACGUUGAACCUGAUAUGGUAUUAUGGGAGCCAACAUUCUUUGUAUCACAAGAGGAUGACUCCCUUAGAAAUACCCUUUUGCAAGACAACUCCGAGGCUCAACGAAGGAUCACCUUCUUUGCUCAAUCACUCUCGACUCCCAUGCCCGACAUACGAGAAGUGAAGGCCAUGCCUUCAUUUACAGUUCUUAUUCCACAUUACACCGAAAAGAUUAUAUUGCUGUUGCAGGAAAUUAUUAAGGAGGAAGAUAGGUUUUCCCAUGUUACAAUGUUGGAGUAUCUCAAGCAGCUUCACCCUUCCGAGUGGGCUAAUUUUGUGUGGGAUACUAAGCAGAUGGCAGAAGAAAAUGACUCACUUGACUCUCAACCGAACUUGACUUCUCCUGAAAAGCUUGAUGAGUCUCCAUACUACUCUGUUGGGUUCAAGACAGCUACGCCUGAGUAUGUUACACGUACAAGAAUAUGGGCUUCUCUCAGAUCCCAGACACUUUACCGAACUGUUUCAGGCUUCAUGAACUACACGAGAUCAUUGAAGCUUUUGUCAGACAUAGAAAUCAGCAAAGACCACACGUCUGAUCUGAAUGACGAGUCGAAAUUGCGACUUAUCAACGAGAUGGCUGCCCGCAAAUUUCGAAUAAUAGUAUCGAUGCAGAGAUACAAAAAGUUCACAGACGAAGAAAGGGAGAGCACUGAGUACUUGAUGAGGGCGUACCCAGAACUUGAGAUUGCUUAUAUCGACGAAGAAAGAGAUGAUGAUGGAAAAACCUUAUUCUUCUCAUGUUUAGUGAACGGUACUUGUCCAGUUCUGGAAAAGGGUGAGAGAUCGCCCAUCUAUCGUAUAAAGUUGUCUGGUAAUCCCAUCUUGGGCGACGGCAAAUCUGAUAACCAAAACCAUGCCCUUAUAUUUGUUCGAGGAGAAUACCUUCAGCUCAUUGAUGCAAAUCAAGACAGCUACAUCGAAGAAUGUCUUAAAAUCAGAAACACAUUGGCUGAAUUCGAAGAGCUAAGGAUUCCUGAUCCAUACAACCUGCAAGCGAGAAGGGCUAUUAGUACGAAUCCCGUUGCGAUUGUUGGCCUGAGAGAAUAUGUUUUCUCGGAAAAUAUUGGAGUUCUAGGCGAUGUUGCUGCCGGAAAGGAGCAAACUUUCGGGACUCUUUUCGCCAGAACUCUUUCUCAGAAUGGGGGUAAAUUACAUUACGGACAUCCAGAUUUCCUCAAUACCAUAUUCAUGUGUACUAGAGGUGGUGUUUCCAAGUCUCAAAAGGGUUUACAUUUGAAUGAAGACAUCUACGCCGGAAUGACUGCCAUUAUAAGGGGAGGUCGGAUCAAACAUUGCGAGUAUAUUCAGUGUGGAAAAGGUAGAGAUCUUGGCUUCAGCUCAAUUCUGAACUUCAUCACUAAGAUUGGAGCAGGUAUGGGUGAGCAGCUUCUUUCAAGAGAGUACUUUUAUCUUGGAACACAACUUCCCCUUGAUAGGUUUCUCUCGUUUUAUUAUGCUCAUGCUGGAUUUCAUUUAAACAAUGUCUGCAUUGCGUUAUCCAUUCAAAUGUUCCUCCUAGUUGGUAUCAAUAUCGCUGCGUUGGCCAAUGAUUCUUCAAUAUGUGAGUACAACAAGCACAAGCCUCUUACGGAUCCCCGUCGUCCUCACAAUUGCUUGAACCUCGUGCCGGUGAUCCGUUGGUUAGAAAGAUGCAUUUACUCUAUAUUUGUCGUCUUCAUCAUCUCAUUCAUUCCUCUAGGUGUUCAGGAGAUUACUGAACGAGGAUUCUACAAGUGCUUUACCAGACUAGGGAAGCACAUCAUUUCCCUUUCACCAUUGUUCGAAGUCUUUGUCUGCAAGAUAUAUGCUAAGUCAAUCAUGAGAGACAUUGCUGUUGGUGGUGCUCAAUAUAUUGCGACAGGAAGAGGAUUUGCAACGAAAAGAGAGUCAUUUUCGAGCCUAUUCACAAGAUUUGCAAACGAGUCGUUAGGCUCUGGGGCCUUUUCCCUACUUCUUGUGGUUUACAUCUCAAUAUCAUGGUGGAAAUUCCCAUUCAUUUAUUUCUGGAUGACGGUCCUUGCAAUGCUUAUCAGUCCCUUUCUCUUCAAUCCUAAUCAAUACUCCAAAACAGAGUUUUUUCUAGAUUAUCUAGAAUACUUGAGGUGGUUAUUUAGAGGGAACACUCAGGCAACGAGUGAGUCAUGGAUUAUUCAUACAAAAAUAGCUAGGAGCAGAUUCACGGGCUUGAAGCUGAAGUUAAAGUAUGGUGAGGAUGAUGUGAGAUUUACUAGUGAGGUGAAGCCCACUCGAAUCAACAUCAUCAUGUUAAACAUCGUUCCUGAGGUAGUCAGCCUUGGAUUUGUCGGAUGUGCUUACCUAUUUGCGAAUGCACAAGCUGAGGCGAGGAACGCUACACCCAGCAACGCAAUUUUGAGAAUACUCUUUGUUUCUGUGGCUCCCAUCUGCGUGAACAUUGGCUUGUUGUUGACGUUCUUUGUGAUCUCAGUGCUCCUUGGCCCAAUAAUUACCUUGUCCUUUAAAGGAUUUCCCAGCUUAAUCGCAGCCACAACACAUAUUCUAGCCUUGCUUAAUCAAAUUUUUUUUGUUGAACUACUUUGGGUAUUGCAAAAUCUUGAUAUUUCCCGCACUUUGCUUGGAAUUGCUUGUAUGGUACUCAUUCAGCGGAUCCUUCUUAGGUUCAUGAAUGCGAUGAUGCUUACUAGAGAGUUCCGCCACAACAAGUCUAAUCAGGCGUGGUGGUCAGGAAAAUGGGUGAAUGCUGAAUUGGGAUGGUUAACGCUCACUCAGCCGAUCCGUGAGUUCGUUUGCAAAAUAAGCGAGCCCACUUACUUUAGCGUUGAUUUAGCUGUUGGGCAUAUCGUAUUCUACCUUCAGCUCCCAAUUAUCUUUUGUCCUUUUGCAAAUACUUGGCAUUCAUUGAUGCUUUUGUGGGUGAAACCAGGCUCACAAAUUAGACGCCAGUUACUUUCAAAAAGGCAAAGAGCUAGGCAACGGGCGGCAGUGACAUGGUCAGCCUUUGUCUUUGUCGUGAAUUUCCUCAUUUUCGCUGGUUUAAUUAUAACACCGCUCGUGGCUAACAAGGCGUACAACGUCGACCUUGGAGGAUUGCUUCCAGAUGUGUUGCAAGAUAUCAGACAGCCCGAGUAUUUCCGUCUCAAAAGAAAAGCAUGGUGA